AGGGAAAGGAUCCUGCAGACGGUUGCCUCCUCCUGCCCGGCAGAACAAGAUGAAACUCGCGCUCCUGUUUGUCCUCCUGGCUCUGGCUUCCGCAUUUCCCCCCAAGGUCGCCAAGCCAGAGGGUCCGGACGAGCCAGCGCCAUCGGAGCCGCCCACCCAGUCUCGCUUCGCCAUGCUGGAUGACGUGCGGCUUCUGGCUAACGGGCUGCUGCAGCUGGGGCACAGUCUGCGCGACUUUGUGCACAAGACCAAGGGCCAGAUCAAGGACAUCUUCCAGAAGCUCACCACCUUCGACAGGUCCUUCAGCCAGCUGUCCGAGGUCACCAGCGAGAUCCGGGAGAAGGAGGAGGAACUGAAGAAGACCACCACCUUUCUGCAGGCCAACAACCAGGAGAUCAAGAGCCUGUCUCUGGAGAUCAGCUCCAAGAUGAACAGCAUCCUGCAGGAGCGCACCCAGCUGCAGAGCAAGGUGGGCAGUCUGGAGGAGAAGCUUAGUGGCCUCUCCCAGAGUCUCCCCAAUGCCCAGCAACUGGGAGACAUUGCCCAGCUUAAGGAAGUGAUUUCAGCCCAGGAGAAGAGUAUCACUGCUUUGCUGAAGGAAGUGAAGGGGCAGCACGAACAGCUCAACUUCCAAAGGAACAAGAUCAAAGUCCUGGAAGAGCGGCUCAACUCAGAAGCUUUCCAAGAGACGGAGGAUAAAGUAUCAAAUUCUACUCCUGAGGUUUCCAGCCUUGAAUAUCUAGCAAUGAACUCCACUAACAGCAGCGUAGAUAUGAACGAUCUUCCUGAGGACUGCAGUCAUGCUUUCACCAGGGGAGAGAGGAACAGUGGCGUGUACCCCAUCAAGCCCAAUCAGUCAGAACCUUUCUAUGUGUACUGCCAGAUGACUGCAGAUGGAGGGUUCACCGUUAUCCAGAACAGACAGGAUGGAUCCGUGGAUUUUGACCAAACAUGGGAGGAGUAUGAAAAUGGAUUUGGCAACCUUGAGAAAGAGUUCUGGCUUGGUCUGAAGAAGAUCUACGCUAUUGCCAGCCAGGGAAGCUCUGUUCUGCAGAUAGAGCUGGAGGACUGGAAGCAGGGAAGGCAUUCCUUUGAGUACAAUUUCACCCUGGAGGGACCUGCUUCCCACUAUAUGCUUAGCCUGACGCAGGUGUCCGGAGACCUGCCCGACGCCAUGACCAACCUCACCGCCAGCUUUUCCACCAAAGACCGCAAUAACAAGGAGGACUCCAGCUGCGCCCACAAUUUCACAGGUGGCUGGUGGUUCAAUGCUUGUGAAGGCACUAAUCUGAAUGGGAGGUAUGGCCACGCCCGGCCCAGGGGGCGAACUGAGCGGAGAAGGGGGAUUUACUGGAGACCCGGCGGAGGGAACACCUACUCCCUGAAAUCUUCCAAGAUCUUGAUUUGUUCUCUGACCAAUGAUGGCAGCUUCUUCUAACUGCCUCACUCAUAAUAUUACCCUGAUCAACGACACACUAACCUCUACACAAAGGGAAAUAGGCUUAGAAAAAAGAUAUUGCUUAUUUUAAAUUACUGAACAAUACUGCCUGUGCUGCAUGCAUGUUUGUGUUAUGCUUGUUCGCUGAUAUGCCGUUGUUAAGGGCUUGUCAUUUUUUAUAGUAUUUGUACAAUGUAUACUGAUUUAUUUUGUUUUCAUGGUGCAUUGUUAACCUGAGGUUGUAAAUGUUUUUAUAUAUUUACAUGUUGUGGAAAAGGGAAACUUGAUGGGGACUGCAAACAAACAUUGAAUGUUCUCUCUUUGGUUGCUAGAAUUUAGGGUUCUUUGUAUGGGCAUUAACAGAGUUCUAAUGUGGGCAAUAGCAUAUAGAGAUCUCUGUAUGGUCAUUAGCAUAUAGCAUGGGUUUUCAACGGUGAGUCUGUAGGAGGUCUUCAAACAACUCUCUCAAACCCACCCCCCUCUCUGAUCAGUAUUAAACCCGUUGUUUUAAAUUAAACUCUUUUAACCUUAUGUUGGGGGUCCCCCGGAUCCCCUGGCUGUGGGUCCCUGGAUCAAAACCAAUUGAAAACCCCUGGUAUAUACAGUUCUUCCUAUUGUCAUUAGCGUGUGGAGGUCUCGAUACCAUCAUUAGCACAUUUCCUGCUUUACUGAGUCAUAUUGACUCUCUGUACCACGAUCUGCAUACACAUUUGUACUGUACGUAUGUUUUUUCCAAAACUGCUAAAUUCAUGUUUACAGAUCACCUGUUUAUGAAAUAAAUCACCUGUUUAUGAAACCCA